UAAUAAAAUUUCUUGGUACUCGUCAACGACAAUCAAUCUACAUAGGUAGGCAUACCCGGAAUUCCCUUCACAACAAUUGACAAUAGUAAAUCGAUUCGCAGAGCCGUUUUUUAUGCUAUAUGGACAAUUGUUGGCUGGUUUGUGUAUGUUUCUACAUCAAAUGAAAGGCUAAGGCUCAUGAUUCACAUAUAAGGGAAGUAUGGAUACUAUAGUUAGAACAUUAACCUUUGUACUGACUAUACAGAUGAUAACAUCUAGUGAUUUGGAAUGUCAGAUGGAACUUAAACCGUAUAAAUUGCAACCACUCUACCGUCUCAAUUCAAAAAAUGUUGUAACUAUUGGACGACAAAUACGAAUUCGUUCAGCUUAUAAUUGUCACUUGAAUUCAGAAGCUAUUAUAAACGAUUACAACUUUCCGAAUGAAAGUAUAACAACUGCGCUUUUUAAAUUUAUUUGCGACGAAUAUAUUAAGAUUUCUUUUGAUCAGUUAGAAAAUGCAACAUAUCAUUCAAAUUUAAUUAGCUACAUUCAGCUAGACAAAUGCAGCUUUGAUCCAAGGGAGAUUGAUUUAUUCUUUUUGAUAACUAACGCUCGUGUAUUUGUUAUAUUGACUGCUAAUUUUACUUCUUUUGAAGCGACAGCUUACAGGUCAUCAUGUGAAGGCUUCAAAAAUAUUCUAUCAUUAGCUCUUACUUCUAUACACAAUGAUAUCAUGAGUUUUAUACAGUAUAUGUUCAAUUGUAACAAUGAAACGUUCAACGUAAAAGAGGUUUUGUUAGGUCAGUGCAUAGGAGCUAUUCAUCAACAGCAGCUCCGUAAAAAAUUUCCAGACCUACAAACAUUAGAAGUCCUGAAUUGUGAUAUAAAGAACACAGUCGAAUUUCCGUGGUCGAUACGUGAUGCGUUUCUUCCAGAUAACAUAUCAAGGUCAGAGUAUCUACAAAACCAUAUAAGUACGUCUUACCAUCUAAAUAUCCCAUAUGAUAUUUUUCGGAGGCAUUUAUCGUUAACAAACAAUGGACUCACCACAGGAAGUGAUAUACAAAUAAGUCGUAGGUUGCACUUUUUCAAAAUUUCCCAAAACAACAUUUCCUUGUUUGAUGAAGAUGUUUUUAAAAAUGUGGAAGGACUGCAAUUUAUUAUAUUAAGUGAACUUGGAUUACAAGAAAUAAGAGGACUGACUUUUUCAGGACUGACUGAAUUACUGUAUCUUGAUCUUACUAAAAAUAAACUUAGUAAUUUACCGCCUGGAGUGUUUGAUCAGUUAUCAAGCCUAAUAAUUCUUAGUUUAGCACAUAACAGUUUAAAUGUAUUACCGAAACAAGUGUUCCUUUACCUUAAUAAACUGAUUUCUUUAGAUCUGGGAUAUAAUAAAAUACUCACAGUAGGUGACGAAAUACUUCCAGUGAAUAGUGUAGCGUUGCAAAGAAUCAACUUGAAUAACAAUCCAAUUAGAGAAUUUCCGGUUACAUUACUGUAUAUUAGAGGCCUAGAAACAAUUGAUCUUCCAUUUACAAAUAUAUCUUUUCAAAAUAUGAACUUUCUUGAAAUCAUCGAUGAGACAGCACUUGUAAGAAGUGUUGAGCAAUCCAGAAGCUCGAUUGAGAGAACUUAUUUAGAAACAACAGACAAUUGGAGAGAAAUUAACUUACAGCAAUCUAAUGUCACUGGAUUCUUUAUCACAAAUAAUGUAAGCUCACAUGCAAAAGAAAUGUUGUUGAUAAUAUUGAAGCAUUACAAAUUCAUAUUUACAAUGAAAUCUUUUAAUUGUUAUUCUGAUAUAAUGCCGUUUAAUGAAUUAAUGCAAAAUUUGUAUGAGAGGGGAGUUUGGAAAGGAAAUGAAUAUUUCUACACCGAUUGGAUAUGCAAAGUACCAUUACAAUUCAAUGAAAGAACUGUACUUUCACUCAAAGCAGAAGAUACAUAUUCAAUAGUCGAUAUUUCUGAAUGCCCAAAUUUAUGUGCGUGUUAUAUACGUGAAGUAUUUAAUGUUACCAUAGUAAAUUGCAGACAUAAAAGACUAAACACACUUCCUAAAAGUAUGCCGACGGGAAUGUUGGAUCUAUGGUUAGAAAAUAAUAACAUUUCAAAACUAACCGUACGGAAAUAUUUAGGAGAUGUACGACAACUUCUUAUGUCCAACAACCAAUUAGUUAAAAUUGAGCCUGAAGUUUUCACUAAAAUGAUGAAUUUAAAAAUGUUGAAACUUGACAAUAAUCUCUUGAUUCGCAUCCCAGAAAGAAUUAACGAACUAAAUAUAGAUAUGAUAUUCUUGAAGAACAAUCCAUUUGCUUGUGACUGUCAUGCUUUGUGGUCUAAAAAAUGGCUUAAAACGAAUAGUUAUUCAAUCGACAACUUACGUGAAGUAACUUGUUUCAAUGAAAACCACCAGGAGGCGCAACAAAUAGUUAACUUCAAAGAUUACAAAUUUGUGUGUAAAGAAGGAACAAUAUAUAGAUCAUAUGUAACUCCCGUUGUUGUUGGGACCGCAUUGCUAAUUCUUGUAGGCAUUAUAGUGAUUAUGAUAAUAUACUUUAGAGAAGAGAUCAGAGUUCUUCUCUACGUAACUUUUGAAUUACAUCCUUUCGAUCGACGGAAGUGUGAUAAAAGGGAAGUAAUAGACCUUGCAAUUAUUUACACUAAAGACUCCGAGGAAUUUGUGGAAGAAAAAUCGGUAUUGCCCCUUAAACGAUUGCAAUUCGUAAUUUUUAGUGUUGCACACGAUUUUAUUGCUGGAUAUUCUUUGCAAGAAAAUGUUUCCUCUGCAGUAUUCCAAAGCAAACAUGUUCUUCUUAUAUUAUCCGAUGAUAUGAUGUCAAAUACAGUAUUAAUGGAUUAUACAUGGGCAGAGUGUCAAAAUAAAAUCAAAGUAAACAGAGCUAAUUUUCUGCUAGUAACAAAUGUUACAAAAAUGACUGUAUUUCCUGUAUUGAAUAAGGACAUUCAGAAGCAUAUAAGACUUCAUAAACAUUUAAAUUGCACAGGUGCAUUAUUUUUCAGUAAAAUCAAAUAUAUCUUAAGAUCAUAUUCAAAGAAUAACAUUGGAACUAGACCAGGUAAACAGAUGAUUGAUAUUAGUCCAACAAAAUUGUUUCCGUUUAAUAGGGAGCUGCAAAUAACAAUCGACAAUGAAUAUGAUUUAUUCUUUUGUUAUUCAAGCGAUGAACGUGAUUACUGUCAAAACAACUUAAUACCACGAUUAGAGAGAGAAUCAUACAGAAUUUGUACUCCGGAUAGUCAUUUUCAUUCUGGUGCCUGUAUAUUGACAAAUAUUGGGCUCGUUGUCGAGUCAUCGUCACAUACAGUUUUUGUAACUUCUAGUUUUAAUUCAUUCGAUGAUUUGCAAUUGUUUGUGUUUCAAAGGGCAAUCGAAAAGACACGUCUUCAAAAGUAUAACCAUUUAAUAGUGGUAUUUAUGCAAAUUAAUGGAAGUGAAACGGAAGACAGAGAUGUUAAAGAUUAUCUUAAUUCUUAUGCUUACCUAGAUGUGAGAGACCGACUUUUUUUCACAAGAUUAAAACGUGCGUUAAAGUCGCAAAUAAAGGUUGAUUUAUCAAAUAUACAUAUUCUUAGUACAAAAAUGUAGCAUUGAAAUUGCGUCGUUUGAAGAUUGUUACAUGCAAUUUUUAGCACAAAUGUAGGUAGCACUGCAUAUUAGUCAAGAAACAGUAACUGUAUGUUUGUUUGAUAAAAUAAUUGUGUAGAUUCGGAAAAUAUUGUUAUUGUUUAUUUCUGCCAUUGUACUGUAUUAACCUUAAAAAUAUAUGACACAUUCAUAUCUCA